UCAAACUCGAACUUGCCGAAGUGCAAAUUUAUGUCGGCAUGAUACCUUUCAGGGCUAGCCAGAAUAGUAGAACAAAUGAUAAACAUCAGGAGUAUUCUGAAACUGUUAUUCUAAGACUGACCUUUGUGCAGAUUUGUGGUAAUCUGUGGUAACAGAUAUCGGCGCAUUGGUGUCGAUUACCGAAAACGUUUACGCCUUACUGUACCGUUUGGUUUUACUUUUAAUUGUUUUCUAAGAUCAUUGGCCACAAUGAGCGAAAGAAGAGGUACCACGAAAAAUUUCCUAGAGAAACUGAUCGCGGAUUAUAACAGAAAUCUGCAAAAGAGACCGGUACUAACGAAAGCGGUGACCAGUGCAUCAAUUGCGGCAUUGGGCGACAUCAUCUCUCAAGCUCUCUUUCCCAGUCCUCACACAAAACACAGGUUUUGGUGGAGAAGUACAUUUGCAUAUGCAACAUUUGGUUUUCUUUUUAAUGGACCCCUGAUUCACCAUUUCUACAUCUGGCUAGACAAACUGGUACCUGCUGGUAAGAAGCCUGGCACUGGUAUAAAGCGCGUCCUGUUUGACAGACUCAUCCUCGCUCCUCCAUACCUGCUUCUCUUCUUCUAUGUGGUGGCCAUUUUGGAGGGCCUCGGGUCAGAUGUGGCCAUACAGAAAAUUCGGGAUACCUUCUGGACAGCUCUGAAGAUGAACUGGAGAAUCUGGACUGUAUUUCAGUACAUCAAUGUCAACUAUGUGCCUCUUCAGUAUCGAGUGUUGGUCACGAACAUGGUGUCACUGAUCUGGACAGUGUACAUCGCUGCUAAAAGGAGGCAUGACGCCUGAAACGGGUGGCACCAUCAACAAACUGCACCAUCAACAAACUCUGCGAUCAGCUAAAAACUGCACCAUCAACGAACUGUGCGAUCAGCUAAAAACUGCACCAUCAACUAACUGCACGAUCAGCUACAAACUGCACGAUCAUCAAACUGUCCUAGGGGUACAAGUACAUUGAAUACUUGUUAUGCAAAAAGACAGUUCAUGUACCAGAAUUAUUAUACCUGUGGCUUAGUAACAAAGACAUGAAAUGAAUAAAGGUGUUUGCAAAGAUGGAGCUUGUCAAGCACUGCCAUAAGUAGGUUGUUUUCACCUUUUUAAUAGGUAUAUAUUUAAGCAAAGUUUUGAUUGCAAAUUAGUGCAUUGUACUUUGCACACUGAUUAAAUGAUAUUGCAAAACAAUGUAUAUUGGUAAAAUGACAUACAAUGUGCAGAUUGUUUUGAAUUACUAAGCUGACAAGCAUAUACUUUACAACUAUUGUACAAGGUACAUAUAUAUGGCAUUGACAGCCAUUAUUUAAUUAUUGUGCAGUUCUUUGAACCAGGUGAUUUAUUUGUUGCAUUUAUGUGAAUUUUUUUAUCCCAUGGAAUGGAAGGCCUCAAAGAACAUGCUGGCAUACACAUACAUGCAUUUUACAUUAUCCAUGAAAUCCAGUGGAGAUUCGUCGUCAUAUGACUGAAAAAUUGUUGAGUACGACGUUAAACCCCAAGCACUCACUCACUCCAGUGGAGAUGACUUAACCUUCCACAAUGUAUAUGAUGUGUGAAGAAGACUGCCAAAGGUUGGUGGUUUUCUCGGGGCACUCAUAACCCAUAAUAUACUGGCCACCAUCAUAUUAGUGAAAAGCUCUCAGGGCUGUUUUUCAAAAGGGUUGUAAUGUUAUGCCGGUCUAAUCACCAUAACGUUACAUGUUGACGGCAUGCGUUCCCAUGGUAUGUGUGACCGGCGUAACGUUAACGCAGCAGCUUUGUCAAGAGUUUUGUCAUGUACAUGUUCCUGGCACAGGUCAGUGGUUUCCUCAGGUUUCCUCGGGUUUUUUCCAGCAGGAAACCUGACCACUGUCAUAGAAGUGAAAAAGUCUUGAGUAUGGCAUUAAAACACCAAUAAAGUAAAUCAAGUAAAAAAAAAAAUGAAAGAUUUGUGAAUAUGGUCUUAAGUAAGAAUAUUAAGAAAAAGGAAAGCAAUAUUUUUUUGGCCAGAGCAGUAUCUGUGGUGGAGAAAAGUGUACCUACCAAUCCCAUUAGUCAUUUAUGGACUUGACACUCGAAAACUGCAAUAAUUAGGCCCGUCUUUUGUAUUUUUAAAAUUUUGCCUAACAAUUCGUGUUUUUAGAGGCAAGUGUUGGUCAUAAAAUAUAUCUUUUCAUGGUGAAUCUUACAUAGUUUAAAAUGAUAAUUUCCAAACAAACUUCAAAACACCUUCUUAAGCUGGAUGAAACUUAAAAAAUCAAGGAAUAUUUGACCCUUAAGAGUUGGGCAAAAUGUUGAAUCAAAUACAGUAGCAGUAUUUUCCCAUUAUGAUGCCAUGGUUGGGAUGUGCAAGAUAAACUAAAUAAAAAUAAUGAGGAUGAAAUUAUUCCUAUUAGAUAAAAAGUGAUGUGGUAAAAUUGUGUCUCGUCACAUUUUGUUUUGUAUAUUUCAUAACCAUAUUUUUGCCUUAAUUCAAAAGGUAUUAUGAUCAUGAAUGAAGGUUUUGGAUAUAUGGUAACUGUACAACUAUCGUUGGUGUAUUGUUCAGUUCACUGUUGAAGGUUGAAAAAAACUGUCUGAUUGGAAAUUCUGGUGGUCUACUCAAACUAGUCUCAAGGUGUGUAAAAACACAUCAUUUUUUGUGUUGACAGAGUGAUUAUUUGUGUACUACCUCACUGAUUUUGUAGAUCAAUCAUCAUAGAUAGUACCGCCCAUCAGAAGCCUGACCAAUAGGCUGUGCAUGUAUAUCUGUCAAUCAUGUACCGCCCAUCAGAUGCCAGACCAAUAGGCUGUGCAUGUACAUCUGUCAACCAUGCAUACUUCACAGGAGAGGAGGAUCUAGUAGAAAAAAGGGAAAAUAGAUUCUGUAUUUCAUCUGAAGUUUGGCUGGUAAAAAUGCACUUUCAGAAGCAUGUAGGCCUUAAAAUGAUAUUUUUGAAGCCAGCACUUAACUCAUUUUGGAUAAGAAAUUCAUUAAAUUUCAUAAUAAACCUUUUAAGUGGCCCUAUAAGGUGAAUUAAUCAAUUUAGAAUGAAGUGAAAUGUAUUUAAAAAUAUUGUACGUCACUGUGGGGUGAAAUACAGUAUUACUGAACAAGGAGAGAAGUUCACAAGGAAUGGCCAACUUUGAUCAGUAGAUUGUACACAGUCGAUUAACACGAGUUCCUCUUUAUAAGGUGUUGUAUUAUUUUGUUGUUUGAUUGUUUCGGUAUAGAUUUAACAGUGUAUGAUUUGUAAUUACUAAUUAUGCAUUUUUGUAUUACCAUGAUUAUGUUUUACAGGUACCGAGUUUAUUAUACAUCUAUAGACUUCUAUGUCUUAGUUUUACAAGCAUUAUUUUGUCUUCGGUAUUCAUGAAGUUGGUAGGGCAUCUGUAGCCAAGGUGAUUUCACCCAGCGCGGUGCAGUGACUCAGGAGCCUCUUACCAAUGCUGUCGCUGUGAGUUCAAGUCCAGCUCAUGCUAACUUCCUUUCCGGCUGUACGUGGGAAGGUCUUCCAGCAACCUGUGGAUGGUCAUAGGUUUACCCCGGGCUCUGCUUGGUUUCCUCCCACCAUAAUCCUGGCUGCCGUUGUAUGUAAUUAAAAUAUUCUUGAGUACGGCGUAAAAC